CGACAUGUUCCCGUGACGUGCGCCAUGACUGUGACUGGAGUGACACUAGCCUCACUAAGCCACGCUGCCCGUGUGUCUGUGUGCCGGGCCACGUGAUAACCGGUGUCUGAAUCACGCCACGCUCUUCCUCACACGUCACGUCGCGUGACCCGACGGUGUGGAGGCACACGAUGACGUCAGACGAUGACCCAAUUGUUUCCCGCGCCGGUUCCACCAGGGAGGAGCAGGAGACAGCCGCCAGCCACCAGAGACAGGCGCCAAGUCCUGUGGUCAGAAGUAGGAGCAGACCAGCCGGUACAAUGACCUGGGAGUGGCGGGAACAACUCAUGACCUGUUACAGCACUAUGACCUGGGUGUCCUUGGGGCGUGUGCGGAGUGAGAAUGUGGUUGGGACGUGCCCAGCUGAUGUUGUCGUGAGCAUGGAUAUACCACAUGACAGCACAAGUACUGUUAUAUCACAUAACACGUGUACAAAUAUACCACGUGACCUCACAAGUACAGACACACCACGUGACACGUGUACAGACACACCACGUGACACGUGUACAGACACACCACGUGACACGUGUACAGAUACACCACGUGACAGCGCUCCUCUCACAGACGACCACAAGGAAGGGCUUCCUCUCUCAGACGACCACAAGGAAGGGGUUCCCGCCCCACAAGUCAGAGCGGAUGUUUCCCGCCGAACUCUGGCCUCACCCGGUGACCAAGACGACGGUGGUCUGCUCCUGCUACUUCCUCCUCCCGCGUCUGACCUGUCUGACCGGUGUGACGUCACUCGGCCAGUGACCAGCGUGCCAUAUGGACCAUCCGUCCAGCCCACAAGACCAGAGGUCACACCGCAACAGGGAGACCUCACACACCGCCCUCACUUGUGCAACCGACUCUGUGACCUUGACAUCUCCUCACUCUGUGACCUUGACAUCUUCUCACUUUGUGACCUUGACAUCUUCUCACUUUGUGACCUUGACAUCCCCGCACCGUGUGACCUUGACAUCUCCUCAAUGCGUGACCUUGACAUCCCUCCACUGUGUGACCUUGACAUCUUCUCACUUUGUGACCUUGACAUCCCCACACUGUGUGACCUUGACAUCUCCUCAAUGCGUGACCUUCACCUCCCCACACUCACUCCAGCUCAAGAUACGAAACCUCCAAAAACCGGCACUGUUCCACAGUGCUCAAACAUGACGCAAAAACCCCGCCCCCCACCACUCACCACCCCCGCCCGCCCCACGUCACAACAGUCUGCACCAAUGGCCGCCCCCACCUCUGUGUGGGAUACACACCUCGUUUGUGUUGGGCAGCCGGUCUUUCUCAUCUUUUUUCGAAUCAAAAGCGACGUAUUCUGUGUGAAGCGUCCCGAGGCAGACACCGAUGAGCGCCUGGGAAGACAUUGCCAUCUACAACUUCCGGUACUCCCUUGUCCCUCUGACGCAGACCACAGUCCUCCACGGGCUGUGAGGGGCGAUGGUAGCGUGAGUACAUGCGUGGUGUGUGAGUCACCUCCUGAUAGCGUGAGUACAUCCGGGGCACAUGGCUCACCUCCUGGUAGCGUGAGUACAUGCGUGGUGUGCGAAUCACCUCCUGGUAGCGUGAGUACAUGCGUGGUGUGCGAGUCACCUCCUGGUAGCGUGAGUACAUGCGUGGUGUGCGAGUCACCUCUUGUCUCUCUUACAUCACGGCACGGCCACUUACGGUCGACGGUAUCGUGUGUCCACUCGCACUCACGAUACCACACUAACAAUACCGAGGUAUCGGGUACGGAGGACCUCUGCUCUAUACCACACGGUCCUGUAGUCGUAUGUAUACCACACGGUCCUGUAGUCGUAUGUAUACCACACGGUCCUGUAGUCGUAUGUGUGUACUCGUCUGUAGCAGGUUCUCAGACACUGUCUUCAUCCCCUGGUGAGCAAAGUCCUAGCGUGCACUUUCACACAGCCCCGACACGCUCACCUCAGCCCGCCUCCCUUUUCUGUCCGGACUGCCAGGUCUGGGACAUAGCUACCUCCUCUAUCACACAUCACGGCACGCCCACAGCCCCACCCACUGUACCACCCCCUGGGCGUGUCUCACAGACACACGUUCUGACCCCGCCCACCCAAGUUCUGACCCCGCCCACACACGCUCUGACCCCGCCCACUCAAGUUCUGACCCCGCCCACUCACGUGAGCACCUGUGCCAUGGACGUUGGUGACGUCACACCCUGGCCCCGCCUCCUCUCCCUACU